AGGAAGGGAGUGGUGAAGGAAAUGGAAGAAGAAAGGGGAUGAGGAAGAAAAGAAAGAAGAAGGAGGGGAGUAAGGGAAGGAAAGAAAGGAUAAAGGGAGGAAAGGAAUGAAAGAAGGGAGUAAGGGAAUAGAAGAAUGGUGGGGGAAAGGAGGAAAAAGGGAAGAAGGAAAGAAAUGGAAGGAAAAAGGGAGUAAGGGAAGGGAAGAAGACAAAGAACAAAUGAAAAAGCAUGGAAAGAAUAAGGGAAAGAAAGAUAGAAGAAACAAAAGUAUAGAAGGAAGUGGUGUGUUGGUGUCCAUUUUAUUUCCUUCACUUUUUCUUGUCUUCCACUGUGGAGCUCUGCAGCUCUGAGAUCUGAGGUGGAUAUAUACACAUUCUGUGUGUGUGUGUGUGUGUGUGUGUGUGGCUCAGUAACUGUGCUGUAGUCUCUCAUGGGAGAAGGCAGAGUUGGAGUUUAAGUUGAUGGCUUUGGCAACCCGCUCUGCAGACUCAUUAGUACAGUCCGCAGUCUCAGUGGGAUAAAACGUGUUGAUCUUCCUUCAUAGGCUCUCAGCAAGUGUUUGUAUAUGGAGCAGAAAAUUAUUUCUCUCUCUCUCUCUCUCUAGCUCUCUCUCUCUCUCUGAUAGGCUGCCAUCCUCACUUAUCUUGUUCUCUUCUUUUAGUCUUUUGUCUGAUCCAGUAUCACAGAUUUCUUCUCUCUCUCUCUCUCUCUCUCUCUCUCUCUCUCUCAGGGCCAUGGCUGUUGAGGAAUAGCAGUAUCAACAGUGGGGAGCUGGAGGUGGGACGGCGAGUGAGUCAGGAGGUUCCUCCAGGUGUCUUUUGGAGGUCUUUGCUCCACCUGCGCCAGGCUCACUUCCUAAAGUUUAACAUCUCACUGGGGAAGGAUGCCCUGUUUGGGGUGUACAUGCGUAAAGGCCUGCCUCCAUCUCACGCCCAGGUCUGCAGAACAGCCUCACACACACACACUCACACACACACACUUCACACCUCCUACUGUGUUCUCUACUUAGACUCUCCUAGUGUGUCCUGGUUUAACCUCACUAAAGCCCACAGCUUUUUCUUCUCCUCUGCUCUAAAUGUAUUCAGGCAUCAGAUCCACAGCAAACUUUACUUUCCAGUUUUUAUUCUCAUGUCGAUUGUUCUCCACCAUUCUCUGCCUUGGCAUUAGUGAUUAUUCGAACAUGGUAGAGUGAAUGCCAUGACCAUGUCUAGCUGUGUACAUCAUGACACUGUGAUGGUUUGGAGAAGUUUACAGCAAAUACAUCUGGAUAAUAAUCACACAGUACAACAAUAAAGUCUGCUCUAAUCACUUCACACGUAUAACACAUCGCUGUUCACUUGUUUCUUAAAGAAAUAAUGUAGUGUUUUAAACCCAAUCGCUAUUUACCAUGUCUAUAGCAUGCAUUCUUUUUUCUUUCCUUUUUCCUUCUUUUUCUUUCCUUUGUUCAUUUGUUUUUUCUUUCUUUUCCCUUUUAAUUUUUCCUUUCUUUUUUCUUUUCCUUAUUUUUUACUUCCUUCCUUUUUUAUUUCCUUCCUACCUUCCUUCCUUUGUUUUCUUUCUUUCUUUCUCUUAUUUCCUUCCUUCCUUCCUUUGUUUCUUUCUUUCAUCUUUCCUUCCUUCCUUCCUUUGUUUCUUUUCAUUAUUUUUUAUUUCCUUCCUUCCUUCCUUCCUUCCUUCAUUUUCUUUUUUCUUUUUUCUUUCUUCUGUUUUCCUUCGUUUUACUUUCCUUCCUUACUUUCUUGUCCAUUUCUUUAUAUCAGGUGUUGAAUUCGGCAAUCACAAAUAUGUUUACAGAUACAGUGGGUUGUGAUUAGGAUGAAAAUGCUGGCGUAUUCCUUUAAAACAGUAUAAAUUAUGACAACUUUUACUUAAAUUUGUUUAUUAAAUUUUAGUUCUAGACCACUCAGAUCUGUUCUACCCUCUCCCCCCACCCCACUCCACCCCCUCUCUCUCUUCAGUAUGACUAUAUGGAGCGUUUGGAUGGGAAGGAGAAGUGGAGUGUGGUGGAGUCUCCGCGGGAGAGGCGCAGUAUUCAGACGGUGGUGCAGAACGAGGCUAUCUUUGUGCAGUAUCUGGACCCCGGCACAUGGCAUCUUGCUUUCUAUAAUGACGGCAAGGAGAAAGAGCCUGUCUCCUUCAGUACGGUGGCUCUGGAUUCUGUGCAAGAGUGUCCGCAGAACUGCCAUGGCAACGGAGAGUGCACAUCAGGAGUGUGUCACUGCUUCCCCGGUUUCCAUGGCAUGGACUGCUCCAAAGCGGCGUGUCCCGUGCUGUGCAGCGGUAACGGCCAGUACAGUAAAGGAGUGUGUGUGUGCUACAGCGGCUGGAAAGGGCUGGAGUGUGACAUCCCGGCGGCGCAGUGCAUUGACCCAGAGUGCGGCGGCCAUGGCACCUGCAGCCAUGGCGCCUGCACCUGCGCAGCCGGGUACCGCGGGGAGAACUGCGAGGAAGUGGAUUGUCUGGAUCCGACAUGUUCCGGUCAUGGGACCUGCAUAUCAGGUCAGUGUCUGUGUAAGCUGGGCUGGACGGGGCCACUGUGUGACGUUCCCAGAUCGCAGUGUCCAGAACAGUGCCAUGGCCACGGAGUGUACAGUGCUGACACGGGUCUCUGCACCUGCGAGCCCAACUGGAUGGGUCCUGACUGCUCCAUGGAGGUGUGUUCUGCAGACUGCGGGAGCCAUGGUGUGUGUGUGGGUGGUGUGUGUCACUGUGAGGAGGGCUGGGCAGGUGCUGGAUGUGAUCAGAGGCUCUGUAACCCGCUGUGUAUGAAACAUGGCACCUGUAGAGACGGCAAGUGCCAGUGCGAGCAGGGCUGGAACGGCGAGCACUGCACCAUCGAUGGCUGUCCAGGCCUGUGCAAUGGUAACGGCCAGUGCAUUAUGGGUCAGAACAGCUGGCACUGUGAAUGCCACACUGGCUGGAGGGGGACAGGCUGCAGCGUUGCCAUGGAGAUCUCCUGCAACGACAACAAAGACAACGAAGGAGACGGCCUGGUUGACUGCAUGGAUCCAGACUGCUGCGCUCAGAGUUCUUGCCUGAGCAAUCCGCUGUGUCGAGGAUCACGUGACCCGCUCCAGAUCAUUCAGCAAAGCCAAUCAGCCGGCAAGCAAGUCAGCUCUUUCUACGACAGAAUCAAGGUGCUAGUGGGAAGAGACAGUACUCACAUCAUACUAGGAAGUAAUCCUUUCAAUGGCAGCCUGGCGUCUCUGAUCCGUGGCCAGGUCCUGACAUCUGAUGGGACUCCUCUGGUGGGCGUCAACGUGAGUUUUGUGAACAACCCACAUUACGGUUACACCAUGACUCGUCAAGAUGGCAUGUUUGACCUGGUGGCUAACGGCGGUGCAUCUCUGACCCUGCGCUUUGAGCGAGCUCCCUUUCUGAAGCAGGAACGCACCGUGUGGCUGCCGUGGAACCACUUCUACGCCAUGGACACAAUGGUCAUGAAGAUGCAGGGGAUCAUCGUCCCACGCUGUGACCUGAGUGGCUUUGUCAGACCUGAUCCUGUGCUCGUGCCCUCCCCUCUAUCUUCCUUCUUUAGCUCCAACCCCACAGACAAGCACAUUAUACCCGAAAGCCAGGUUCUUCAUGAACAAGUGGAGAUCCCAGGCACCAGUCUGAACCUGUGCUAUCUGAGCUCGAGGACAUCAGGAUAUCAUGCCCUACUUAAAGUAACCAUGACCACAGCCCAGGUGCCUGUAAGCCUGGCCAAGGUGCAUCUGAUGGUGGCCAUGGAGGGUCAUCUGUUUCAGAAGUGGUUCCACGCCUCACCCAACUUGGCCUACACAUACAUCUGGGACAAGACAGAUGCCUACAAGCAGAGAGUGUACGGCCUGGCAGAGGCUGUGGUGUCUGUUGGAUACGAGUAUGAGACGUGUCCCACUCAGAUCCUAUGGGAGAAGAGAACAGCAGUACUGCAAGGCUAUGAGCUCACCCCAUCGAACCUGGGGGGCUGGUCAUUGGACAAACACCACACACUCAAUAUCCGCCAUGGUAUCCUUCAUAAGGGCUCUGGGGAGAAUGUGUUCAUAUCUGAGCAGCAGCCUCCAGUCAUCAGCAGCAUCAUGGGAAAUGGGCGUCGGCGCAGCAUCUCCUGCCCCAGCUGCAGCGGCCUGGCCGAGGGCAACAAGCUGCUGGCACCCGUGGCCCUCGCAUGCGAUGGAGAGGGCAACCUGUAUGUGGGCGACCUCAACUUCAUCAGGAGGGUGUACCCUUCCCUCAACACCACGGCCAUUCUGGAGCUGAGAAAUAAAGAUCUGAGACACAGCAACAGCCCGAGCCAUAAGUACUACCUGGCAGUGGAUCCAGUCUCAGGAGCUCUGUUCCUGUCAGACACCAAUUCCAGACAGAUCUACCGUGUGCGCUCGCUGAGUGGUGUCCGCCCACUCAUGGAUAACGCUCAGGUAGUGGCAGGCACAGGCGAGCAGUGUGUGCCCUUUGACGAGGCACGAUGUGGGGAUGGGGGCAAAGCCGUGGAGGCCACGCUGAUGAGCCCCAGAGGCAUUGCUGUGGAUAAGAACGGGCUCAUGUAUUUUGUGGACGCCACCAUGAUCCGUAAGGUGGAUCAGAAUGGCGUCAUUUCCACUCUGAUAAAAACCAAUGAUUUGACAGCAGUCAGGCCUCUCAGCUGUGACACCAGCAUGGAUGUCAGCCAGGUCAGUGUAUACUCCUCUCUGCUUUUCUACUCUAUCUCUUUAUUUAUGAGCAAUUUACCACUACAAUUUCCAAAAUAGGAACUGUCCCAAA